AAUGCGGACAGUACUGUUUUUUAUUAUUAAAUGGCUCCUGUUCUGCACAGUUAUGUCGAACCGACGUAGAAAUCAGAAUUUAUGCGGUCAUAAGGCAAUGGACGGAUGGAAGUUUUUUGCAGAAAACAUGACCUACGUUUUGUGGAAGAGGAACUACCAUGUCUCCGGUGGACUCAACAACACAAUGUGUGUGAAGGCUCCAUUUCAACCGACCCUAUAUAGACAAACUCACAAAAUACAGAAGACUUUCACCUACCGAAAUAUGAGCUCAACACACAAGCUUCCUAAUGGGGCUUCGUACUGGCCCAUUGCGAAAAUUCUUCUUCAGUUCCGGAGUACAACUCCUUACCUAUCAAGGCCGCCGCAAAGAAGGCGGAACGACUACAACUAUGUUAAUUCGACAAUAUUAAUGUCUUGGUUUGGGUACUACCUUCCACCACCGUCAUGGCUAUUUAUGUACUGUGACAAGGACUGCGCUGUUGUAAAGGUACUGCCUAAAGAAGUUUAUGAUGAGGACAGCUCCAGGAGCCAAAAGCAUAAGUGUGAGCAAUGGGUUCGAGUCGCCGCAAAGAACAAUAAAGCCAUAAAGAAAUCGGCACGUUGGAGAAGGUGCGAAAGCUUUUACGACACCGUGUGCGGCACAGAAAUCUCAGAACAGGUCUACAAUCCCAAAUUGUGCGGUUGGUGAUUGUGAAGGUAUUUCCUGCAAAGACUGACCGUUUCAUUGUGCAUUAUUGUUUUUUCAUGAAGUAGUAAAUGGUGUCAGC